AUGUCAGGUAUAUAUGAUAAGCCUGAGCUCCAUAGCGGUAUAAAGUUGCAAGAUAAUAAUGAUAUUGAAACCGAGAAAUAUGUAGAAGAAACAUCAGAGUUUCUAAAUGAAGCAUUGCUUCUGAACAACCAAAACGAAGAGAUCAACAAUACUACAGGCAACCAACUGUCAUCGGAAGACGUUAGUUACGCAGAUGCAAUAAAUGCAAGCAUGUUUCCUCUUCAAGAAGAAAAGGAAGAGUCGGUGUAUAAUAUAAAUUUAUGGUCAAUUUUAAGAAAAAGUUCAAUUAACUUGAUUUUACCGUUCAUCAAUGGUAUGAUGUUGGGCUUUGGGGAAAUAUUGGCACACGAAAUAGGGUUCCGUUAUAACUGGGUUGGUGCUAAAGUAGAACCCCCAAGAAGAAUUGCUCGUAAAAAUAAACAGAAUCAAUCUGCCUUCUUAUAA